AUGGUAUCCCUUUUCCAGCAAUCAAAAGAUCAAGAAGACACUGAAGCUUCUUGGCGGUGUUUAGAAGCGUGCAUCAAUGUUAUCUAUGGAUUAGACGAAGUGAUUCGUCAAUGCUAUGCUGAGAAGAUCAACUGCACAGAGGAUGAGCUUGCAGAAAUAAUGUUGGUCGAUGGUUGCUUCAUUCUGGAACUUUUCCUCAGGUUUGACCGAAGCUUAAAUUAUAUGAAGCUUGAAGAUUUUGAAAUUGAUCCAGUACUAAAAAGUCCUUGGAUGAUCACAGCUCUUCAGCACGAUCUUGGAUUACUCGAAAACCAAAUCCCAUUUUUCAUUCUUGAACUUCUGUAUUAUACUAUCAUGCCUCAUGUCAUCAAUGUCAUCAAGUGUGAACCACCGAAAUCGGUGACUAGCCUUGCUCUUAAAUUCUUUCCACCUAUGAGCCAAAAGUCGAUAGAAAAAGAGCAGGUGGCGGCAGAGUUUAAGCAUUUGCUUGAUCUUUUGCACCAAUUCUACUACCUCCCAGCUGCAGCUACUGGAGCUCGUGACCUGUCUAUCGAGUUCAACGAUAGAGCGUCUCUGAUUUCCGAGAACGAGCAUCGUUCUGCUUCUACUCCAUGCAGUCGUGAACUUGAUGAUCAAGCAACCAAUAAAAGUUCGGGAUUCAGUUGUUGCGCUUCAGAGCUUCUCGAGUCUGGAAUUGAGUUCCAAGUCAGGUCAAGUACCGAGGACCAACUGCUGGAAAUAACUUUCAGUGAGGGAGUUAUCAGAAUUCCCCAACUGUACAUUCAUGAGACCUCCCGUUCACUCUUCAGGAAUCUCAUUGCUUUCGAGCAAUGCAGUAUUAGCAGUACCCAUGGCGUCACAGCAUACGCCUUCCUUAUGGAGAGUCUCAUCCGUUCCACGCAAGACAUAAAUCUGUUCACGAGGAAAAAGAUCUUUAGGCCCAACUGGAUCGGCAGUCAAGAAUAUUCUACUGCACUGAGAGACACUCUGAAGAAAGUCGUUACCAAGAACGAUUCGUAUUUUGCUACAUUAUACAAGGAAGUGAAUGACUACCGUAAGUCGUACCAGUGGAGCAGACUUCAAGUCUUUUUGAGGGUGCAAUAUCAAAGACAAAGAGGGAUCCUUUGUACUACUUAUUUCUCUACUACAUGGAAAGUCAUAUCACUCAUGGUUGCGGUGACCUUUCUCCUUCUCAGUGCCAUACAGACGUACUAUACAAUUAACCCUCACCACUGA